ACGGGCGCCCCGGGCUGCAGGCUCGGGCUCUGGGCCGAGUCCGGGUCCCCGGGCCGCGGGAGACCUCAGCAGGGCUUUCCAUCUCCUCAGCUCCUCCCCGUUCUUCCUGCUUCGGAGGAGGCGUGUGAGCCCCUUGAGCAGUGUUGCUCCAAGUGGGGUUCGCGGGCGGAUCCCGACCCCUCCUCAGAGUUUUUGAACCAGAUUCUCGGUGCUGUGGCCUGGGUGUCUGCAUUUUCCUGAGCGCCCCUGAUGGUUUUGAUGCAGGUGGUCAUAGGACCGCGCUUUGGGGGAUACUGCACCUGAGGGCCUGGCGCCUACCACGUAACAGGGGGCCUAAGUGGGUGCAUUUGAGGGUGGAGCCUGAGGAGUGCCACCACAGGUCUGGCCUUGGAACGGUGAUGCCCCUCUGCCUUAGGAGAGACUGAGUGGGAAACGGGAAGGAGUAGCUCUUAAAUCCUUGGAAUGGGGUGCUGCUGUGUUCCUGUAGCCUCCAAGUCUCAGAUGGUCAGAUGCUUAGUGAAGGGCCUGGGUCAGGAGCCAUAGUGGUGAAACAGGGCCGAAGGAGGCAGUGUGGGGUGAGCAGGAAGAACUUGGCGUUGAUCCUGCUGAUGUGGAUUGGGGUUGGCUCCACCACCUGCUAGCAGGCAGCCAAGUGUGGUCGCUCUACAGAUCCCUCUAUUUUUUACCCUAGUGUCGUCAUCUGUCAACAGGGACAGUAAUUCCUAUCCAGUAGGGCUUUUGUGUGAAUUAGAUAAUGUCUGUCAAGUGUCUCUUACAGUGUCUGAUACAGAGUGAGCAUUCAGUAAAUGGGAAUUAUUAAGAGGUACACAGGCCCUGCCUUCUGUGGCUUACAGAUCAAAAAGUAGGGAUUAAACAAGUGGGAUAAAAUGUGGACAGAAAUACAAAGUACUUUUGGUAGACUUGUGCAAGGAGUCUACCUGGGAGUGGGGUGGGGUACUUGGGAAGGUCAUGCAAGAAGUGAGGUUUGCUCAGGGCAUUGAAGGAUAGAUAGUACUGCAGGGAGCUGGUAAUUGGGGCCAUAUGCCUCAGAGGUAGUUCUCUCACAUGGAUCUUUGGAGUGUGGCUCCCAGGACUUCUAGGCAUUGCAAGAAGUCACAUUGAUAAGUAGUUUUGGAGGGCUGGCCCUUUGGUCCAUAAAUCGUUUUUGUCCACUGACUGUGUUCUAGACACAUGGUCUUCCCCAGAUUCUAUGGUCCGCUUCUCCCAUUUUAUUGGAGAUUGGCUAAAUUGCAAUAUCUACAAAAGGAUCUUAGUUGAUCACUGAAUAAGAGUGUCUGGGGAAGCAAUGGAAGGCCACAAGGCAGAAGAGGUGCUAGAUAUUCUUCGACUGAACGUGGGUGGCUGUAUUUACACAGCCCGGCGUGAGUCCUUGUGCCGCUUUAAAGACUCUAUGUUGGCGUCUAUGUUCAGUGGUCGCUUUCCUCUAAAAACAGAUGAGUCAGGGGCUUGUGUUAUUGACCGUGAUGGACAUCUAUUUAAAUACCUUUUGGAUUAUCUUCAUGGAGAAGUUCAGAUUCCUACAGAUGAGCAAACUCGUGUGGCCCUACAGGAAGAGGCUGAUUAUUUUGGCAUCCCUUAUCCGUAUAGCCUGUCUGACCACUUGGCCAAUGAAAUGGAGACAUAUUCUUUAAGGUCAAAUAUAGAACUUAAAAAGGCUUUAACAGACUUCUGUGAUUCAUAUGGUUUGGUUUGCAAUAAACCAACAGUUUGGGUUCUCCACUAUCUUAACACAUCUGGUGCAAGCUGCGAGAGUAGAAUUAUUGGUGUAUAUGCCACCAAAACUGAUGGAACAGAUGCUAUUGAUAAGCAGCUGGGAGGAAGAAUUCACAGUAAAAGCAUUUUUAAAAGAGAGGCGGGAAAUAACGUUCAGUACAUAUGGAGCUAUUAUUCAGUAGCAGAGUUGAAGAAAAUGAUGGAUGCCUUUGAUGCUUGGGAAGGAAAAGGGGUCAGCUACUGGCGGGUGCCUCAUGAGCUGAUAGAGUGCUGGACUCUGGAAGAGCGGCCUUUACUUGGAAGCCUGCGUCACAUGGCUCCGAUUCGAAAGAGGCGACUGAUAACGCUCAGUGAAGAGGAAGAAGAAGGUGUGAACUGUAAGACUGGUCCAAAGCCAGUCAGAUAUCUGGGCCCUUCCACAAGUACCCAAAUUAAAGUCAAGAACUCAGCCUCAGUCAGGGUGUCUCCAGCUACUGCAGUCCAGGCCUUGGCUCGGCCGGUGACAAACCGGUUUCAAGGUGGCAGCAGCGGAAAGGCAGCUCAGCGCUCUGAGCCCCCAAAGGCCACGUCCCCUGUGGACACUGAGGCAGCUGGGUGUUCUCAGGCUCCCCAUGGGGCCGGGAGUGCAGAGAAUGGAGGCACACACCUGCCCCCAGCAAAGGCGUUGCCUUCUGACAAGAAGCCAACACCCUACCGAGUGAUAAAGCUGAAGAGGACCCCUCUGUGCUUGGUGACAGCUUCUAGGCAGGCCUACUGUCCCCAGCCACCUGCCCCCGAAGCUUCCAGCACUGUGGGUGUGCGGACUGAGAACGGGAAAGAGGAAGCUAAUGGAUAAGAGUGGUGGACUUGAAAUUUCUGUCUGUCUGCUAAAGGUCCCAACCCAUUCGAUAUGAAUGGGUGACACUGUUUCUUGAUGCAGUAGAGGGGAAAGCUUAUGUCUUUGUACUUAGGGUUUUAAGUAUAAACAUAAGGAGGGGAGACUUUAAGUGGUUGGGCUAUAUUUACUUCUCAUUUUCCCAACUUUUAAAUGAUUAUUUGUCCACGGACAAAUUAUUUGUCCACAGUUUGAAUUUCUGUGUUUUUUUUUUAAUGGUUAAUUUGUAUUAAGGUGACAAAAUAGUACAAUAAAAUAAUCACUAGAGAAGUCCACUUUGUUGCUGAAAUAAAUGUUACUUAUUGCAGCCCAGGGAUAGGCAUGAGGUUUGGGCUUAGAUAUUCCUGUCCGGUGAACUGGAGAGGGUGAAUUAGUGCCUCCCUCUACUGUAUCACAGCCAAGAGAGCAAAUGUAGAUCAAGAUGAGCUGCCUACAAGUUACUCUCCCUCUCGAACAUGAAUAGAGAUGAUGGGGAGGACAAAAAGACACUACAUUGAGAUCAUACUUUGACUCUCACUUAAUUAAACUAUUUUCUUUCCUAGAUUGGCUUUUCUUAAUCUUUUCUGUUAGCAGAUUGACUUAUGUAUACCACAAGGAGAACUUUGGGAUGAGAACUAUACAACAUGCCUUUGGAAUAAAUUGUUAAAAUAUCUUAUUUCAAUUUGAAUAGUGAAGUUUUGAAAGUACUUUGAAAAAAGUUAAAAGUUUAACUUUUUAACUAAAGUUAGUAUUUGUUUUUCAGAAAAGACCAUAGAAGAGUCCUUCUGAUUAUACAUAUGAUUUUUUAUGCAUAAAAUUUCCAUAUAACUUGAAUUUAAUAUUUUUAAACAGAAUAUUUUUAUUAAUUCUCUAUUUUUUCAUGACUAUUCAGUUGUGUGUGUUUAUUCUCAAGUGUUAUGUUUUGUAAUUGGAUCACAUAUUUCUACUUUCAGUGGGCAGUAUACCUUCAGUAUUUUAAAAAAUAAGUUCAUAAGGCAUGGUACUUUUUACUCAAAUGCUUAUCAUUGUAUUUGCAUUGCUUUGAAAGAGUAAAGUAAAUUUACUCAAAACAUUGCUUUUUACAAAAUAAAGUAAAACUUUUCCAUAAAAAGUGA